AUGGCAACAACUAAGGAUACUUGCGAUGGCGAUGCAUACAUCCACAACCUAGCGGCGUUCAUCCGGUCGCACGAGAGACAGUUGGCGAAUGCGCUUCUGGCGUACAAGCGGUCGACGCGGCAGCGCAGGCGGCAUGCGCAGAAGAAAGGCGGUGGAGGCGCCAACGGCGCUAAUGGCGCAGGUGCGGCGGGACAGCAUGGCGCAGUUGGCGCAGCUGGCGCACACGGCCAGGAGGGACAUAGCACGGCGCAGGCGCAGCAGCGCCAGCAGCGGCAGCCAGCCAUGCGCAUCACAAAACCUGUCCGUCUUUCCAUGUCUCUACACCAUCUAUACUUCCUCCUAGGUCGCUUUCAGGACCUCGGCAUCGACGUCGGGCCCAUGAACGUGCGCCUCGACAACAUCGACUCGGAGACGCCCGGAAAUUACGUGUCGUUUCUCAGCGAAUUCCAGCGCAAGAAGCUGAUGCCGUCAGAUGCGCAGUCGAUUCACUCGAUGUCCAGCGUUAAGAGCGUCAUGUCCAGUGUCUCUGCACUCUGGAACAGCCUCAGCUCGUCGUCACGGCACUACGACAACAUUGCAACGGAUCUCCAAUACCUAUACUCAGCGUUCUCGAAGAUUCCAUGCCUCCGAUUGGCAAACGACCCCAAGGCAAAACUGAUAAAGGGUCACGAGGAGUACCCGUUUGAGACGGCGACGCCGAUCGACGUUUUCCACAACUUGGUGGUGCUUGAAAUCUGCGAAAUCGACCCGAAGGAGGUCUUUGGGUGGGACACACUGAGCGGCAGUAUUCGGUAUUUGGUGAUUAAGCGUGCAGGGCUGACGGAUCCGGCCGAUGUGCUCGUGCGCUUGGUGGAGGACGAUGCGGAGAAGCGGGCCGCCGGUGCGCCAGGAGGUGCGCUUGGCGCCGGCAGCGCCGACUCUGCUGUUUUCGACGAGCCGGCCGACAUAAUGUCGCUUUCCGCGCUGAAAAGACACCGGAAGUCUGUUUCAUCGCCGAAGAUUUACCCGGGGCCGAAGUUAGCGGGAUCCAGUGGGUCUGCGUUGUCGACUUCGAUCCCUACAGUGUACUAUUCGAGUCCGCGGAUGCACCGGCCGGCGGCGUCAGUGGGCGCCGGUAGCGUAUGCAGCGUAGGGGGUGCAGCGGAUGGGUGCGGUUCAACCACAGCUGCAGGUGCGGGCGCAGGCGCCAGUGCGCAGGCUGCGGCAACCACAGAGGCUGCGCCACAGAGGAGACCCUACUUCUACUACCCGGCGCCAUCCAGGCACAGGCGCUCCGCGCGCUCCAACUCCGUCUUGAGCGACACAUACAGGAAACCCGCCCUCCCAGACGUGGCGGCGGAAAAAUCGGCAAAUGCAAACUCGUCGGUUUCGCUUCCUCUUUCGGCAGACGGCAGUUUGGACUUCGCCGAGGCCGAAAGGCGUUCGAUGUCGCAGGACCCAAGCUGCUGGCGGCUCCUCAGGCAUCUUUCCUUCACCGGAAAUAGGAUCUCGAAGCUGUCUGGCUGGUGCUUUGAGAAUCUUGCGGAUCUCUCUUCGCUAGACUUGUCCUUUAACCGCUUGACGGAAAUUCCCACCGAUGCACUUUCCAAACUCUCUCACUUGAAGUCACUAAACCUGUCCUUCAACCAGCUUUCGUCCACCCGUGGAAUGCCGGACAAUAUGCACAAGUUGGCGAUUGUAAAUCUACGCGGAAACAAGAUCACAGACUUAAAAUCGCUCGAGCAGCUUGCGGCACUUGAGAAAAUCGACCUCAGGCAGAACAGACUGGCCCGGGUAGCCGAUCUAAAGCCGUUGCUACUCAUAGACAACGAACAGGUGCGGCUUAAGUCAAUAUACGUGUCUGGAAAUCCGGUUUCUGCAAGCAGGGGCUACCGGAUCGAGCUGUUUGAUCUAUUUAACGGUGUUGACUACAAGAACGAUGUCAGGAUUGACGGUUCCCGGCCUGGAAUCUUUGAGAGUAGGAUGCUCAUGGACAGAAAGAAGGCCCGGCUCAACUUGUGCAAGUUUUUGGAUGCCAGCAUCAUUGACAAAAUGGCUGCUAAAGUGUCCAGUAUUGGCAAUAAGGAGACUGUGAUGAAGACCAAAGCAGAGACCGAGGUUGGCAAACGUGCAGAUGCCGAAACCAGGGAUGCUCCUUCUGGUAAGGGGCCCGGCAAGCCUUUGGAUAUGCGAAAAGCACACAAUGGUCACUUGCAGUCCGAAAAUGCGGUUUCCUUGCGUACAAAUCUUCAAAGCACAGAUCGUCUCGAAGACGGAAAGAGUAGAAAUUCUAUUCCUACGGACACUAACAAAUUGGGUAAAACGUUGCAGAGCCAGGUGCUGCCAUUGCCCCAGAAACAUAGACAUUCAUCUAAUCAGGAGAAGAAGCAUGAAGUAAAGUAUGAGAAGAAGCAGGAAAAGCAUGAAGUAAAGCAGGAAAAGCAUGAAGUAAAGCAGGAAAAGCAUGAAGUAAAGCAUGAAACAAAGCAUGAAACAAAGCAUGAAACAAAGAAUGAAACAAAGAAUGAAACAAAGAAUGAAACAAAGCAUGAGUUAAAGCGUGGGCAACUGCAAAAUAACGAGAUAAUGCACGAGAUAAGGCAGAAACGGACCAAGGAUCAACACCAACAUCCGUACACCAUCCAGGUACUUGCGCCAAACCCAAACGCGAUUAAUACCUCGAGUUCCGGCAGCAUUACUCCGCCGGAAAAGCUGUUUUCCCAGCGGCCCGCCGCAAACAGAAGCUCUACUUUAAGCAGCUUGCUCGACAAGAUCUCGAUCUCGUCGCCACCUGAGAAAAAAGAGCCAAGAGAAAAUUCAAGAAAAACCAAAAGCUUGAAUUCUUCCCGGGGAGGAACCCAGGGUUCGAACCCGGUAGCGCGCAUUUCCGUGGCGUCUCCUGCCCUCCCCAUUAUUACAAAUACCACGACCAUAACUACAAGGUCGCCUGUUGAGGCACAAAGUGUGACCAGUGUUGCCGAGAUGAAUGCAUAG